AAGUCGAGUAUAAAUUUCACAUCUCUGUCAUACCAGGGCGGGAAGCACAAAUAUCUCGGACCCGGUAUCCCCAGUGGCCUCCUUUCUCCCAGUUCUCUGCGAGCAUAAUGGAAUCCGGCGGCGCCUCCCCGUUCCCGGCGGCGUCGCGCACAUGGACCCCCGCCAGCGCCACGCCCAAGCGGACGAAGAUCUGUGUCUACUGCGGUUCUUCUGCGGGAAACAAGCCCGAACAUGUAGAAACCGCCCGCGCCCUGGCCAGGGUCAUGGCCGCAAACAACAUCGCGCUGGUCUACGGGGGCGGCACAGUCGGGCUCAUGGGCGAAAUCGCAAAGACGCUGGUCGCACUCUCUGGGCCAGACUCGGUGCAUGGCAUCAUCCCCGAGGCGCUGGUGCGGUACGAGCGGGAUCCGACCUACACGUCGAAGCAGCUGGACGGGGCCACGGGCGAGCACCUGGCGGUGCCGGAAGAGGCCGUGUUUGGGCGGACGACUCUUGUCAAGGACAUGCACACGCGGAAGCGCAUGAUGGCCCAGGAGGUGCUCGAGGGCGGCCCCGGCAGCGGCUUCAUCGCGCUGAGCGGUGGUUACGGCACCCUCGAGGAGUUGUUUGAGACGGCCACGUGGAACCAGCUGGGCAUUCACAGCAAGGGCAUCUGCGUGCUCAAUAUCAAUGGCUUCUACGACGGGAUCCUGUCGUGGAUCCGUAAGAGCGCGGAAGAGGGGUUCAUCCACGGGGACAACACGCGCAUCCUGGUCGAGGCGAAGACCGCCGAGGAGGCCAUCGAGGCGCUCAGGAAUUACAAGGUGUCAGAGGCAGUAUUCAAGCUGUCCUGGGGCAAAGAGUAGACUUAGACCAGCUUAACGGGCUCUUCGCCUUGCCAAUUAGACAGAGCCGAAAGUGAUACCAUCCUUGGCUCUCACUCCCGGUUCAAUUUUAGACCUUUCGGCUCUAGCCAGCCCAGCGA